GCGCGCCAGUUGAAAGUGAGCGGAACACUAAGCGUGACUGUCUAGUUGAAAUAAGGAUUUAUAUCACCAGAAAUGAGUGCAAUAUUAAUACUAGGAAUUAUUUAUGGGUAGUCAGAUAAGAGAUUCUGGGACACCAGUCACUGCCAUCCAAUUGGGUCGGAAGCAAGGCUACACUAUGCGCUGACUCGAUGCUCUGUGAUUAAAAACCAUUGUGCUGAAAUAUUGUGUGUAACCCCGAAAAGCAACCUAGAAUGAGAUGUUAAUAACAUCCCAUUUAGUUUCUGAAUUCAGUAGCGUUCAUGCUUUCCUUAUCGGUACUCUCUAUUCCGUACAAGCAUAUAUCUCCUUCGAGAAUGUAGACGUCAGAAAAUGCGGAAAGCCUAUAAGGCCAUGGAGACAUGUAAUUCUGGUUGUGGAGAUGAAAAUCUCGUUACAGAGAAUGAGAGAACUGAGAAUCCAUCAGUGGAUUUAUCUUUCUUCCCUGAGCAUACAUUUGGUGAAAAUGGCUAUUUAAACUUGCUGCGAUAUAUACUUGCCAAAGGUAUAGAGCGGACUGAUCGCACAAAAACGGGAACAUUUGCGGUGUUUGGUCCACAGCUUCGUUUUUCUCUGAGAAACAAUGAGUUUCCUCUCUUGACUACAAAAACAGUAUUUUUUCGUGGAAUUGUAGAAGAGCUCCUGUGGUUUAUUCGUGGAUCUACUAAUUCUCGUGAACUUGCAGAGAAGAAUGUGCAUUUUUGGGACGCGAAUGGGUCCCGCGAGUUUUUGGAUAAUUUAGGUUUCACAGAACGUGAAGAAGGCGAUCUAGGUCCAGUGUAUGGUUUCCAGUGGCGUCAUAGUGGUGCCGAUUACGUUGACUGUAAAACUGACUAUACUGGCCAAGGUGUGGAUCAAUUAGCAGAUGUGAUAAAGCUGAUAAAAGAACGUCCGUGGGAUAGAAGAAUUAUAAUUGUAGCUUGGAAUGUUAAGGAUGUGCCUAAAAUGGCGCUUCCUCCAUGUCAUUGUCUUGUUCAAUUUUUUGUUGCAAACGAUGAAUUGAGUUGUCAGUUGUAUCAGCGUUCAGGAGAUAUGGGUCUUGGAGUACCAUUCAAUAUUGCUAGUUACGCUUUAUUAACUUGUAUGAUUGCUCAUAUUACUGGAUUAAAACCGGGUGAAUUUGUGCAUACAUUGGGUGAUGCACACAUUUAUUCAAAUCAUCGUGAAGCGUUACUUGAACAGGUUAAACGUGUACCACGACCUUUUCCAAAAUUAGAAAUUGUGCGUGAAGUGAAAGAUAUUGAAGAUUUUAAAUAUGAAGAUUUCAAACUUAUUGAUUAUAAGCCCUAUCCAAAAUUACCUAUGAAAAUGGCAGUUUAA